AUGAAUACGUACCUUCCACCAAAUGUUCAUUAUUUCCAUGCAAUUUCUGAAACACUGAAGUGACCAAGGGCAAUGGCAUACAUGCAUGUCUCAUGGUUAUUCUUGUUUCACAUCCUAGUACUAGUAGCAAAAUCCAAAGCCAAAGUUCCGGCAAUUAUAGUGUUUGGAGACUCAUCUGUGGAUGCAGGCAACAACAACCAGAUUCCGACAAUUGCAAGGAGCAAUUUCAACCCUUAUGGUCGUGAUUUCCCCGGUGGCCGGCCGACCGGACGGUUCUCUAAUGGUCGCAUUCCUCCUGACUUUAUCUCCGAGGCUUUCGGCCUCAAGCCAGUAAUACCAGCCUACUUGGAUCCAAUGUAUAACAUCUCAGAUUUUGCUACUGGUGUUUGCUUUGCCUCUGCUGGAACUGGCUUUGACAAUGCCACUUCUGAUGUGCUGGGAGUGAUACCUUUAUGGAGGGAAGUGGAGUUAUACAAGGACUACCAGAAGAAUUUGAAAGACUAUGUUGGAGAAUGGAAGGCAAACGAAAUACUGAGCGAGGCUCUAUACUUGAUUAGUGUGGGAACAAACGAUUUCCUGGAGAACUAUUACGCACUCCCUAAUCGACAAUCCCAGUUCACCAUCAAACAGUACGAGGAUUUCCUCAUCAUACUUGCAAGGAAUUUCAUUCAGGAACUGUAUGAACUAGGAGCUCGGAAGAUGUCCUUAACUGGGGUUCCUCCAAUGGGAUGUUUGCCAUUGCAGAGGACCACAAAUAUUAUGGAUAAUCAUGGUUGCGUGGAGAGAUACAACAACUUGGCCGUGGAAUUUAAUGGGAAAUUGAAGGGUUUGGUGGCAAUGCUGAACAAGGAGUUUCCUGGGCUUAAACUGGUUUUUGCAGAUGCAUUUAACAUUUUUAUGCAAAUUAUUACCAGGCCCUCUACAUAUGGAUUCGAGGUUGUAGGAGUGGGGUGCUGCGGCACUGGGACAUUUGAGAUGAGCUACCUCUGCGAUCCACGAAGUCCAUUUACAUGCACAGAUGCAAAUAAAUAUGUGUUCUGGGAUGCCUUCCAUCCUUCUGAGAAAACAAAUCAGAUAAUCUCCCAUCAUUUAUUUAAAAUGUUUCUGGCCAAGUUCCUUUGAUGUCUACUUCUCAUGUUACAUACAAUAUAUUGGCAUCUGAUCCCCUGUCAAUUGAAUGGAAUUUCAGCUUAGGUCGCCCGGCCUCA